GCCUUGAAUAAUGCUGAGGCUUUGAGAUAAGGAAUUGGCGUUGCUGUUCCGUAGGUUUAGGGUUUAUGGCCGGACCUUCAACCUCCUGAUCUGUGCCACCGGAAUUGCUUCCACCAGCUCUUUGUUCUUCAAGUUGGUUGCUCUCUUCAGUCUUACCAGAGUAGCUGCGUGAGACAAUGGGUGCCAACAAGGACAUUGGGAGUCUGCUUCAACCUUUUGAGGAGCGUGCUCAAAUGGCUGAGGAGCGUUUAGCAAAGCUCGAGGCUGCCGCUCAACAAAACCAAGGUUCAUCUGGACGAGAGGACCUUCUACAAUCCCUGACUGAGUUACGGAAGAAGUUGGUGGGAGCGAAAGCUGAGCAGGAAGCUGAAAAGCAGAAGCUCAUUGACGAAAAUAAGAAGCUGCAGUACCAAGUGCUCCAUUUGAAAAGAGCAGUUGGUGAGGCCGAUGCUAAGUUGGCCGCAGCGGAAGCUAAGCUGCCCAAGUAGUCGUAAAUUGCAUGCGAAUUAGGUCCUGAACCCGUGUUUUAUUCUAUCAGUCUUCGUGUUAGUCUACAUGACUGAGAGGACUCAUCUCUGCAGGCAGAGAUUCCGCUGCAUUGUUCAUACUUCACAACAUUAAUACAUUGUAUAAUGCUACUUAAUUCGGAAA